AUGUGGAGAAUCUGGGAUGCUGUCAGCUGCUCCUGACGAAAAGAAAAGAGUGUUACAAUGAGUGGAGUGAAAAAGUCGUAGACACAUCUACACAAAAUAUUAUUAGAGAGAUAUUAGGAAAAAGUUGAAGAAGAUAUUUGAAAGGUCGAUAUAUUCGCAAAAAAUGACAGUUUAGAACCAACUGUGGAAACUUGGAAAAAAUACUCACCCAUGUGUUUCUUGGAAAUAAUUUUUGGAGAAUCCAUGAAGACGAAACAAUCUAUAAUUAUUCGAAAAUUGUCAAGUAUGUCAAUACUUUCAAUGAAUUCGUUAAAAAUUAUUGGAAGCACAAAACCCAGACAAUUAAAAAUAAAUAAAAAACCCAAGAAAAAACAAGAAUUUAAAACUCGCGCGCGGUAGUACGGUAUACAUCUACACGGUGACGCAAAUGUGCACACAUUCCCACGCUGACCGUGGGAAAAUGCCAUUUUCCCACGCUCUCGAAACGAUAUAAAAGGAAAAUUUUCGCAUUUCAGACAUGUUUCAUAAUUUCAAGUAAGUUUUUGAUCUAUUUUUCUUUGUUUUUUGCAACACCCGCGUUGAUUUUCAGGCGAAAUAACGAAAAAGAAAAACGGGAGAAUGUUCCAACAAUCAAAACCAUCGGCUGGCACCCCGAAAUCUUUCUAUUUGGAUCGAUCUGGAAAUAUGUCGACUUCGUCUUCGUGUCUUUCUUCAUCCAAUGGAAGUGUCGGAGUUGUUGGCAGUGUUUUGGCUAGUGGCAACAAUGGGAAUGCUGUUCGAAAAGAAAUAUUGCCUUUGAAAUCAAAGCAACAAAAUGUUUUCGUUCAGCGAUUGGAGCACAAACCAAAGGUAAACUUUUGAUUUUCCCAGAGUUUCAUUACUAUUAUUCUUUUCAAUAAUAAUCGAACUGUUUCUAGAAGGUCGAAGUCCCAGUCACCACUUUGGAGUUGAAAAAGAAGGAAAAGGCGAAGUUGGAUAAAAACAACGUUGUCAAUCUCGUCUAUCGUAAACCAGUCGGUUUGCGUGACAUCAACAUGUCGAUUCCAUCGAUCAUCAACACUGGGAAACGCUUGCGUCGAACAGAAUCACCAUCUUCAUCUGGAUAUUCAACUGAUUCUUUGAUGAUUAUGGAACAACAAGAAAACGACUACGUUUUUGCGGUGAGUACUUUGGACCUUAUCAUUAUGAUGAAAUAAUUUCAAUAUAUUUGCAGGCGAUGAUCGACAAUGCUUUUUCGAAUCAAUACCAAUCGGAUAAACCGAUAAUGUCAUUCGAUCUUGGAAUGUUAUCGUCUCAUCCAGUUUGGGCUCCAGCCAACAAUCUAUACAUGUAA